AUGAUGAACACUUAUGUUUCAGAUACGGCUAUUUGUUCGGACGGAUGUAAACAGUUAGCAUUUUACGUUUACGGUAAAACGACACAGGACAAUUUCGAUGAUCCAACACUCAACAGCGGUGGUUACUAUAUGUCCACUUGUAUUAAUCUAACGGUCGGUAUAUGGUAUCAUAUUGCUGCAUCAGUAGGUACCAAUCCGGGUAAUUCUUCGACAUACAAAGUGGUCCUUUACCUCAAUGGUAUGGAGAUCCAGUCAAGUGUCAUUAAACCUUUUGUAUUCCUACCAGGAGAUGGCAUCCAUUGCCUGCCAUACAUUGGCUAUUAUGUGGGCUCCUGGGAUGGUGAUAUUGCAGAAGUUCGAGUGUGGAACUAUGUUCGUACACCUGCUCAAAUUUUAACUUAUGCUAAUCAGCGCUUUAAUCAGAGCGACAAUGGUUUGAUCUUCUAUGCUUCGUACGCAAACAAUUUAAAUGCAAUUGAUCCUGGAACUUCACAGACGUUUUCCGCUACUGGUGGAGCUUUAGGUGUGCCCUGUUAA